UGUAAUUGUGUAAAAUUGAAGAUGAGUGAAUCAAACGGUGUUGUUGUUACUAAAAACGUGGAUAAAGAAGCUUUAAAAGUAAAGUUUAAAGAGAAAAUUUCUAAUUUGAAUAAAAAUAAGUGUUCAUUUCACAUAAAAAACAAACAGUUGUAUGAGCAGAUUAUCAGUGAGGUAGAAUCCGCUAAAGUAGCUGAAAAGAAAACGUCUUUGCAGUAUCGCCGUCUCAAACGCUACGACGUUGUUUGUUUUGGGGACGAAAAAAAAUUGAUUAAGCCAUUGUCAGGUACAAAAAAUAUACAAUACUACGUUACGGAUGACGAGUUAUUCGAUGUGAUUGAAUGUGCUCAUCAGGAAUGUGGUCAUGGUGGUAGAGAUCUCACAUUGAAAGCUUUAAAUAAAAAGUAUGCAAAUGUCACAAAAGAGUGCGUAAACUAUUACUUGGAUUUAUGUGAAACGUGUCACAAGAAAAAGAGUCAGCCUAAAAAGGGACUCGUCGUUAAACCGUUAUUAUUUAAAGAGACUCACGCACGGGGACAAGUGGAUCUUGUAGACAUGCAGACGUGUCCUGACCGUGAUUACAAGUAUAUUUUAAACUACCAAGAUCAUUUGACAAAAUUUGUGAUUCUUCGUCCCCUACACACAAAAACAGCACAGGAAGUAGCGCACAAUCUCCUUGAUAUAUUUUGUACUAUAGGUGCGCCUUCUGUGCUUCAAUCAGACAACGGACGAGAAUUCGCCAACCGUGUCGUAGAAGAGUUAAAAGUAAUGUGGCCCGAAUUGUCCAUAGUGCAUGGCAAACCACGUCAUUCUCAAAGUCAGGGAAGCGUGGAGCGUGCAAAUCAGCAUGUACAGCAAAUAUUGUUCGCAUGGAUGGAAGAUAAUAAAACUAAUCGUUGGAGUGAGGGCCUCCGAUUCUGUCAACUGAAGAAAAAUUGCGCACCAUCAUGGCAUAAAACAAUCGCCAUUUGAAGUGAUGUUUGGUGAGUAUAUUAGGGCGCGUUCUGAUGACCCGCGCCCGCUUCGCGCUCGCCCAGCGUAUCAGCACCCGCGUUUAAGCCGCGUCUAAGCCCCUUUGUGUUGUAUGUAAUUUGAGUCUUAUGACACUUCAAUUAGAUCUCAAAUUGAAUUUAUCGAAGUCCACCCGCGCCCGCCCCGCGCUUGACCCGCGCCUGUGCGCGGGUUGUGCGCGGGCUGUGCGCGGGGCUGCCGCGGGGCGAGCGCGCGUACAGUACAACGCGUGUGCGGGUUCUGCGCGGGUACGAUACGACGCGGGUCAAGAAUCUGAACAUGCCCUUACAGGGUGUAACGGGUAGCUAGCCGAAACUUACUAUGAGAAAGUCCUUUCAUUCAUCCUUUCAACAUGACCAAACCAUCUAAUAGUUUAACUGCGAAAAUAGAAUAAACUUAACAUUUUAUGAAUUCUUUUUUUUUAGGACGAAAAGCUCAUGUUGAAAUUGAAACACUACCAGAUUCAAUAAAAAAGGUUCUUCAGACCGAGGAAGAGUUAGAAAACGCUAUUAACUCGUCUGGUGAGAAGCAGAAUAAUACUGAUGACACUAUACAAAGAAAUGAGAUGGAAAUACCUGGACCGUCGUCGUCAACUGUGAAAGAAGAUACUUCUGUCACAGAAAAAAAUAAGGAUCACCAUAUUGACAAAGUUCCUGGAUUGUUGCCAC